AUGUCCUACACAGGCCCUUCCGAGCCUCGGAAGAACGAGUCGAGUGAUCUCGAGAGACAGGAGCUCGACAAGACUCAAGCGCCGGGGCCAUCUUCCCAUGGAAAGCAUGCACUCUGGAAGAGCCUGGUAUGGUACCAGAGACUUAUCGACGCUGGCAUCGAGGAAAACGGCAUCAAACCUGUGCCAAUCGAGCGUCGUACCAGCACCCAGUACAGCCACCUAUUCACAGUCUUUUUCACUUGUCUCCUGUGCCUAUUACCCCUUCCUACCGGCAUCUUGGCCACCCUGGGCUUCGGCAUGAGCUUGAGAGAUGCCUCGCUGGUCAUCUUGUUCUUCAGCAUGCUCACAUGCAUUCCGCCAGCCUUCAUGGGCAUCGCUGGCAUGGACACGGGCUUGAGACAGUUAGUACUGGCCAGGUACUCGUUCGGGCGGUACCUCGUCACCAUCCCUCUCCUCCUGAACGCUGCCACUGUGACCGGGUUUUCCCUCGUCUCGGCCGUUGUUGGCGGCCAGGCCAUUGCGUCUCUUAACCCAGACAAAGUCAGCAUCAAUGUCGGCAUCGUCAUCACCUGCCUGGUUUCCUUUGCCGUCUCUUUGCUGGGAUUCAAUGCGGUGCACUUCUGGGAGCGCUGGACAUGGAUCCCCAAUUUGAUUGCCAUCAUCAUUGCCGUCGGCUGCGGGGGUAAGAAUUUGUACUUGCAGACCGAAGUCGAGCCGGCAACUGCUUCCCAGGUACUGUCUUAUGGCAGCCUGAUCGCGGGCUACUUCAUCACCUUUGGCGGUACCGUGUCGGACUAUUCAACCUACCACAACCCCACGGGUGUAUCUAAGGUCAAGGUCUUCCUCUACUUAUAUUCGGGCUUUUUAUUGCCUUCGGUGCCGCUUCUGAUUCUGGGUGCUGCCAUUGGCGGGGCCAUUCCCAAUGUCGAGUCUUGGGCCGCAGCCUAUGAAGCCACAGGAGUAGGCGGCGUUAUGCAUGAAAUGCUAACGCCGGCGGGGGGCUUUGGCGAAUUCAUCGUCGUGAUGCUAGCCCUGAGCGUGAUCGGUAGCAUUGCUAUAUCCAUGUACAGCGUGUCCCUAAACCUCCAGAUGCUCUUACCGCCUUUCGCCAAGGUUCACCGGUUUGUGUUCAUCAUAAUUACGAUGGCCAUCAUGAUUCCCUUUGCCAUCCGGGCUGCCGAGCAGUGGGAGGAGAGUUUGAUCAAUUUCCUCGCCGUCAUCGGGUACUGGGCGGGCUGCUUCGAUGCCGUGAUCAUCAUGGAGAUGGUUGUGUUCCGCCGAAUGGACUUCACAACAUACGACCAUGCCAUCUGGAACGUUGCGCGCAAACUGCCGCCGGGGAUCGCGGCUCUGGGGGCCUCCCUUGUCAGUAUGGCGCUGGUUGUUCCCGGCAUGGCUGAGCCGUGGUACACAGGCCCUAUUGCUGAGACGACGGGCGACAUUGGCUUUGAGAUGGCCAUUGCCGUGACGGCCCUAUUCUACCUCCCUUUCCGAUGGCUUGAGAUUAAAUGGCGAGGUCAUCUGUGA